CGUCUGCCUGAGUGGUUGAACAAUUCUUCAUACUUCUUGAUACAUGCAGCGCAAUCCAUUCAUCUUCUUUCGGGGAAAGUGUAUAGUAGUGGGAAUAGACUUAAACCUGGACGGAAGCGCAUGAACAGGUCAGGUUUGACGGGCUGAGUGUUGGCCCGUUGUGGCAGCCAUCGCUAGGAGGAAAAGCGUCCAUGUGUUUUCUUCACCAUUUAAUUCUCUAACCGGGUUCUGAGGAGGUGAAGGAUGUCCAGCGAUAUCGCCGGCGUGUGGGAGGUGGCGCUGAGCGACGGAGUUCACAGAAUAGAGUUUGAACACGGCACAACGACCGGCAAGAGGGUGAUCUACGUGGAUGGGAAGGAGGUGAUCAGACGGGACUGGAUGUUCAAACUCGUGGGGAAGGAGACGUUUAGCGUUGGCCAGUCAGACACCAAAGCAACCAUCAACAUUGAUGCGGUGAGCGGCUUUGCCUACGAGUACACCCUGGAGAUCAACGGGAAGAGCCUGAAGCAGUACAUGGAGAACAGGUCAAAGGUCACCAGCACCUGGCUGCUCAACCUGGACGGCAGCGACUGCAGAGUGGUGCUGGAGAAAGACACUAUGGAUGUCUGGUGUAAUGGAGAAAAAAUUGAGACUGCAGGGGAGUUUGUGGAUGAUGGUACGGAGACACAUUUCACGCUCGGAGACCACAACUGCUGCGUAAAAGCUGUGAGCAGUGGGAAGAGGCGAGAUGGGAUCAUUCACAAUCUGCUGGUGGACGGCGCGGAGAUCGCUGAAUGUACGGAGUGACUGUCGGUGCACGAUUCCAUCUGUGAGAACAGAGAUCGGGUCUGGAUUUGUGACCAGGUGUCUGUGAAUAUAAGUGAUGGUAUCUUGUGAUGCCUUUUUGAGCAAGAGAGAACUGACAAAGUGGACCAGCGUGCUGAAGGCCUUUCUGUGCAGGGUACAGUAUAUUAGCCAUACAUUAGGUGUCAUACGUUUACUGUAAUAGUUAAAGACAGGACCCGCAGUGUGGGCGUCUGUCGACUAGAUGGUGCAGCUAUAAAUGUCUGUCGCAUUAUAGGAUUUACUGUCUCAAAGGUUUACACUGGGAACAAAAACUAUUUUGAGUCAAAUUUAUACAUUGCAAGACGUUUAAUGCCAAUUUCAUUAACAUUAUUAAUGUUAGACUCCAUCUUUUAUGCUUGAAAUAAGCAUAGAGGAAUGAGUUCAAGACUCAGCUGUAAUACUAAGGACAGCUCUUCAAACCUCUCACAUUAAACCUCCACACUUUUCCCUCCACUUUUCAUGCUAGCUUUUCUCGAUUGUUCAGUAUUGUGCAAUAUUUUACCAGGAUACGGAUCCUUCCUCGAAUGUAUCAACACGCCGUUGUGCCCUCCUUAGUCUGAUGUUGUUGUAUUUAAUGAUCUUUGUUGUCUGUUAAGCCCAUUGAUGCUACAAUAUGUAUUUAGCUUUUAACUGACUAAUCUAGAUGCACCAAAACAUUUAACAGUGUAUUUUGUACUAUUUAGAGGGUACAACAGUUUCACAGACAAUCACUUAGAUGUGUUAAUAUUAUAAUACAGCUGCUGUGCAUCUAUUUCUAAUAUCAAUGAAACAGACUGUGUAAUUCUGUUAUGCCUUUUGUUUUCAUGUGAAGACCACAUAUGACAUUUUGUGUUAAGAAUUUAAGCUGAAUAGUUUUUAUAGAGUCUUAGUUUGAAAUUACACAUUGUAAAUGUUUUACCAAUGUAUCUAAGGAUAUCUAGUAAAAUACAUUAAAAUAUUUCCCCC